GCUUCCUAGACUUCUCAUGUCCGUGUUCCAAGUCAUGUUGAUGGUUUUGACAACUUUUACCCCAGUGACGUUAUUUGGCCUAUAUUCGUGACGGUGAUGACAAAAGUUACAUCAUGAAACUUUCGUUUGCACGUCAAUAUAUUUUCUGUUGUUGUUCUUUCUUCAAGUCGUUAAAAAUAAGGGAAGCGGGAAGAGAAACCGGUUAUAUCUGGUUCGUGCGCUGAAGUUAACUUGACCUCAAAACGUGCGCACUGGAACACACAGCUGGACAUCUAAAUUGUUACAUCCCAAAGGUAUUAAAAAACACUUGAAUGAUAUUUACAAUACACGAGUGCUGGCACAUAGCUUGGACGUGUAGAGCGUUAUUUCCAUGAUCACGGCAUGUUCAUGGCGAAUCUUUUAAAAGUUGUUUUAAUUUUUGUCGGUUUUGUGGUCACUAGAUGUGUUCAUAUUUGGAUCAAAGGUCGUUCAAGUUUCCACACAGUACGGAGUCUGUUAAUUCACUUUCUUCUGAACCGCUUUAUAUAUCUUCUUGGAGCCAAAGCUAAGCGAAAGCUUGAGCAAGACACAAAGAAUUUUCGUCAAGUCCAAGAAAAGUUUUUGUUGAAUAUUCUGGAGAGAAAUUCAGAGACUAAAUAUGGAAGAAAGUACAAGUUUACCCACAUAACGAAUCGGCGCGGGUUUACAGUCAGUCAUCCCAUCACAAAAUACAGUCACUACAAGAGUUUAGUUGAACGGAUUGCCAAAGGAGAGAAGAAUGUUUUGACCAGCCAGGAGCCGUGGAUGUUAGCAGUUACCUCUGGAACAACCGGGAAGAGUUGUCUUAUUCCUAAGACACGUGACAACUCCAAAACAUUCGUAGAAUAUGGAUUUGCAGUUGGUGUUUAUUAUACGAUGUAUAACGUUUUACCACAGGCUGACAACUUACAGAAAUCUCUUAAACUGUUUCAUGCUCCUCAACUAAGGUACUCAGUAGGAGGCCUUCCAAUAGGGCCUUCAACUUUGGCCCCAUCUCUGCACCUCCACGCCCUCUCCACGCCCCGUGUUCACCUUGAUGUCAAGUCUGAGCCCGCGGGACUUUAUAUUCACAUUUUGUUUGCCCUAAGAGAUAGAGACUUGGGCUCGAUUCUUGGCAAUUUUGCAUACUGGAUUCACGGAGUUUUUGUUUUCCUGGAGAAAAACUGGGAGUUAAUGGUGCAAGACGUGGAGAAAGGUGAAAUUAAAGAAGAUCUUGAAAUAACAGAUCGUGUCCGAAGCGAGUUGAAUAAGUUGCUCAAGCCUGAUAAACAAAGAGCAAAUGAACUCAGAAGAGAGUUUAAGAAAGGAUUUGAUGGAAUCGCGAAGAGAAUCUGGCCAAACUUAACACAUGUACAUGGCGUAGUAUCUGGUUCCUCUGAGCUGUAUGCUACUCAGCUGCGGGACCGCUAUCUUCAUGGCGUGCCAUUAUGUUCCACUAUCUAUGGGGCCACUGAAGGAUUAGUAGGAGUCAACUUGUGGCCACUAGACACCAAGCCUUGUUACCUUCUUGUACCUCGAUCAAUGUUUUAUGAGUUUAUUCCACUGGAUCACAGCCAUGAAGAGCAGCCCAAGACGUUGUUUGGUGAAGAGGUUAAAGUGGGUGGUCUGUACGAGCUGGUAGUGACAACUCUCAGUGGUCUUUAUCGAUACAGGAUCGGAGAUGUGGUGAGAGUGGUUCGUUUUCAUAACAGUUGCCCGGUGAUCGAGUUCCAGUACAGACAAGGUCAGAUUCUUAACAUGCGUUCGGAGAAAACGACUGAAACGAUGAUGUACGAGGCGCUUACGAAGGUGCUCCGAGGCACACGCAAGAGGCCUCACCUUGUGGAUUACACAUGCGCGGAGAGCAUUCUGUUGGAUUUUAUACCAAGUAGUAGAGCAGCCAUUGAGGAAACUCUUACCAGGAAAACCCAUGGAAGUCACAGUACCAACAGAAACCACAUAGGGUUUGGAGGAGUCAAGCCAUUCUACGUGAUUUUCGUGGAGCUGAGAGGCUCAAAUGGCCGUGAUGCAGCGGAAAAUGACAUGCUUUCACAAGAGUUGGACGAUGCCUUGUGUGAAGUGAACCCAUUUUACCUGAUACGACGUGAAAACGGCGGCUGUAUUGACAGAAUGAGAGUUUGUUUGGUCCAGCCUGGCACGUUCCAGAAAUUUCGCGAAUUUCUCCUCAAGAUGACACCCACAGCAAUCAAUCAACUAAAGAUUCCGCGAAAACUUACCUCAAAAGAACAACUGCUGUUCUUUGUAAAGAAUUUGUGCACAGAUGGCGCUUAAAAUAUUUGCUUUUUAUAUAAAUUUGAAAAUUGUGAAAAUUUCAUAACGCCUUGGUAAAACGAAGGAAAUGAUGACAGAAGCAGUUAAAGAAUGUUUUUCCAAGCACAGCAAGGCGUUUGUAGGUUGAACUUUGUAAGUAGACUUGGCAUACUGUAUAAUCCGACGUUAAAG